AUUUUCGAAGAACUGUUUCACCGCAUGAAGAAUUAAAGUCUUCAUUUUAAAGAAUUGCCACAUGUGGUAUGUUCAUAUGCCUGCCCUAACCCACUUGCGCCCAUACAGACGUUGAUUUCCGGCGAGGAAACGCCUAUAAAUAAUCAAACCUCCUGGAAAAUGUCAUUUUACUUUUGUAUUUUUAAGUUUAGUUUCACACCAACAAGCAACACUGGGCACACACACUGUGCACACACACUGUGAAUGCUCAUAAAUGUAACACUGUGCACACACUGAGUGCUCAGAAAUGUAUCGUCAUGGAAAAAGAGCAGCACAGACUGCUCUCCAAACUGGCGCAGAUGGAAGUCGCGCUCCUGCCCAAGCUUCGUGGAGAAAGCGCAAAGUCGCUGAAGUGUAGCAGCCAUGGCAGACGAAAAACCCAAGGAAGGAGUAAAGACGGAGAACAAUGACCACAUCAACUUGAAGGUGGCAGGACAAGACGGCUCAGUGGUGCAGUUCAAGAUCAAAAGGCACACACCUCUCAGCAAACUCAUGAAAGCAUAUUGCGAAAGACAGGGCCUGACGAUUAGGCAAAUCCGGUUCCGGUUUGAUGGUCAACCCAUCAACGAGACAGACACACCAGCACAAUUGGAAAUGGAAGAUGAAGACACAAUCGAUGUGUUCCAGCAGCAAACGGGAGGUUUUCUUCACUAGGGGCCUAUGUUCCCCACCAACACCCCUACCUCCCCUGUCAGCUCGCCUCUACGUUCCCUAAUAAUGUAUUUUCUGAAACUCUGCUUUUGAAUUCCAAGUCGACUUCUAACUCCUAUCCCUAGGCACUUAAUGCCAAUCUGAAAAGAUUGGAUAGGUUUGACCAAUAUGUUAAUACGACUUGCUGUGUUAUAGCCGUACUUCCAAUCCUUUCAGGUCUACAGGAGUUGGGUCAAUUUGGGAUUCAGCAUACCUAGUUCUACACGUGUCAAUACCAUUCAUUCUGAUAUUCACAUAACAUACGGUUGUAUAUUAUUGAGUUUAUUCUGUACAUAAACAUCUGAGCGAGGGCACCCAUUGUCAGAUCCUGUUUCAUGUGCUGAACUAAUCCAGCAAUCAAAGCCUACAAUUCUGGACAAUGUCUUUUGGAAGGUGUGUAAGUUCUUUACAUCUAAUUCACCCGUUUUGAAGAUUGCUGGUCAGACUGUUUUCAGAGAUGGAUUCUUUUUAAUAAUUGUAGAAGUUGUUUGCGAUGCAACUUGUAUUGAUGUUCUCCAAUAAGCCUGCAUUUAAAUCGACUCACAUCUGUUAAAUAAAUUGAUUCUUUUUUAAA